AUGGACAAUCCACGGACCAUAACUGAUUUGCCGUUCGAGGUCCUCGAUCUGAUAUUCACAGAACUUUUGUAUUUGAGAUAUAAAGUGGACCUGGCUUUAACUCAUGAAAAGCUGGGGAAAGCUUUUGCUUUUCACAGUCGCAAUGAGUUCCGCACACUUAAGCCGAGUACUGCGUUAACUGGGGAAUCGUGGGCCUUUAUCGUAAAAGAAUGCGGCACUUCAAUUGAAGAAUUAUUCUACGAUGUACGGGGCAUUUACUGGAAUGAUCUUAUAGCCCAGACGGUUGUGAAGCACUGUCCCAAUCUAAAAUCGGUAUCAACUCGCUUAUACAGGGGCCAGGAUAUCAGCUUCCAGUCUUUUUUAAAACAGAUGAAAAAUUCUUUGAUUUCGGUUACAGUUAAACAAGAAAACAGUUUCCCUUUAGAAAUCUUGAAAGUGGUGGGUGAAAUGACCCAACUAAAACAUUUAUCAUUGAAAAUAUUUGCUGACGAAAAUGUUAACCAGAUACAUAAUUGUGUCGGACUAGAGACGUUGGAGCUCGAGCAUCAUUAUUAUAUGAGGAAACAUUCAGUCAACCUUCUAAGGAUUUGUGCUCCCCUUAAGAAUCUCCGUGACUUAAGUGUGACUAAUAUAAAAAUACCUCCACUGGAAGAUUCAAAUUCAAAUAUAUGGGUCAGCAUGGAAACCCUGGCAUUGAUUCUAUGCGAAUUCUCCGAACUUCCUGAUUGUCCACAACUCAAAUGGUUGAGGAUUUAUAACCCAAUUUGUCACAUAGAAAAUUACGGGCUGAAAUUCAUUCUCAAAAACGGAAGAAAUCUAAAAACAUUGCACGAGGAUUGCAAUCCACCAAUCGGUCCCGACGGUUUCCUUCAAGUUCUCCGAAGCUGUCCAAAAUUGCGAGGAUUUUAUACUCCAAUGGAAUAUAUAAAACUCUAUUCGGGCUAUGUGUCUGCUAUUUUGGAGAUUCUUAAGGAAAAUGGAGUGACGCGGGAGGAUCCAUUAGAACUGGUUAUAUGUAGGCGCAUCAAGUGGAAAUGGUUCCGGAGAUUGCUUCUUAGGGCCCCUAAUGCUGAGCUAAUCGACCUGUAUGAGAGUGCUGACUAAAAACCUUUGAGAUUUAAAUCUAAAAACAAAUAAAGCAACAAAAUUAUUAGUUUUAA